AUGCAGAAGCGCAACGAGAUCGGAUGGAUCCUCGAGGCACCGAGUCCAAUUAUCCCCAUGUAUCGGCCCGCUUCACAAUCAUCCAAACGCGCAAAUUACACUGUGACGGCGUUGUCCCCGAAAUACCAAGAGCAUGUAUCCAUGGCAGAUGAUAUACAUUCUCCCGCCACUCCCAAACCACGAUCGAGCAACGAGAAUGUCACAGAGAUUGUUCAGUUCCUCCAAGCCCACGUAUUUCCCCAAGACCAGUCGCAGUCGAUUGGACCGAAAGACAUGAUCAAAGCUGGACAGAGGCGCCUCAGGUUGGCCCUCCGCAACAGGAAGGGCACAGAAUCAAAGGCCAAAGCCCAGGACACAUCUAGUCAAGUGGCAACACUACACAAUAAUAGCUCCUUCCCGAUAUCUCAAUACCGCAAAUGGGGGCACAAGCGAAACUCUGCUUCAACUGCGUCUAGUUCCAAGUCUGUCUCGGACCUCAGUUUCCAAUCGAGUUCUAGACGGGACGUCGAGACCAUUGGCCAGCCAUGGCUGGAGAGCCCACUUGAAACCAGAGAUGAGCCGGGCUCGAAAGCAAGCAGUCAACUCUCAUCGCUCGACCUCCGUGAUCUCGCAUCAUUUGUUGAGGCUGCUGUGAACUUCUCUCAACUCGAAGAUUCCAUUCCACCGCCUUAUCAGCCACCGACAGAGCAACAUACAAACACGGCAAUCGGGGCCCUCGCCGCUCAACAUGUACCACACCUUGAUACACCGGUUAGAUCAGCAAUCAAGGGUUCAAACUCGGACGCGGAGGACAUGAUCCACAAGGCUAGUAAAGAAUCACCAACAGACCCAAGGUCCAGCCAUCCUGCUCAACCGAGGGCACCGGCCAACAAGAGCAAUUUUGAUAUCCAACCAUUAGAAUUCAAGCCAAAACGCGCUAGCCCAGUCACUACUAAACCGCCUCCAUCCAACACGGCAACCAGCUCUAAGAGCUCGCCAACACUGAAACUAUUCCCAGAUGCGGCUGUCCCACGCACUUCGAGUCGAACGACGUUACGUGUUCCAGCUGGCCGGUCACCAACCCCAAAUCGGUGCUUUUCGCCUGCUCCUGGAUCUCAGAGCACCCCAGCGUUGGCUACUUUCUUCGGGUCAAGUAGCAAUGAGUCCAGAAGUUCCACCAACAGCAUACCCAGAAUUCAAGAGAACACUUCAGAAGCACGUAAAUCCACCAAGCCUUCCUCACGUGGAUCGGAACGACCUUCAGCAGAUGGUAUGAAAAGUAUCAAGCCUGGGAACACUCAAUUCAAACCAAGUCGCCGUCAUUCGUCAUUGCUCCCUAGUUUGGUUAAUAUCUUUCCCAUCCCAGCACCAUCCAGACCAUUGCCUUCAGUACCAGUGCCAAAUCCUCGAUUCCAUGAUGUCAAUGAUCAAAAGGUCUCUUUGGACCGACAAACUGCACAGAUUGACACGAGGCAUCUAACUUCAAAUACUCCAAACAGCAUGUCGUCGGGACUUAACACGUCGUCGCUGAAGAGUUCAGAACUUAGCAACAGUCCUACCCGUGGCCGUGACUCCCCGUUUCCAAGGCUAGCUACCGAAAUCGAGGAUCCCGCAACCACCAGUACAACGGCCGUCGGACCACCAAUACCGGUACAGCCGCGCCAUGGCUCUCUAGGGAAAGCCGGGCGUAGUCGUGAAGCGAAAGUCCGUUCAGUAAUAAUGAAAGACUUGCGUGCGAGUCGCCUUGAAAAAAGCCCAAGUAAGGGUAAGACUGUGGAGGAGCACCCAUCUCAAGUCCAUGGCGGCGGCCACAUAUCACUAACGCAAAGCGAUGAUUCCCAAAUAAGAGCCCAACGGCAACAUCAGAGAAGGAUUUUGUCUGGGCCUUCCUCGCCGCCUCCUACCUCUCCUCCACCAAACAACCCUCCGCGACAUGCCUUUCAAAACCGACGAUAUUGCACAUCCCCAGCAAGUACUAUAGCCGCCGCACUUGAGGUUCUCGAAGGUGUUUCGCGCCCGACUUCCGGCCGGGAACACGGCAUGUGUCAACAAAAGGAUAAUUUCCGGAGCGUCGAAACAAAGCGUCGGCGAGAGUCCACAGAGCCGAAUGUACCUGAUGCACUCGAGAUACCUCUUCCCUCUUCAGAUGAUGAAGGUCCAGACGGGGACUUUUAUUGGAAUCCACCGCGUAAAACCUCUGGCAAACGCCGACGUGGGAAAAAAACUCCUAUCAUCAUCGAUGAGCCUGCGUCUGAGAGGGGCCGGUCGUUAAAGAAACGCCAGGUAGCCGGAAACGCCCAAAGACAGCAGGUUUACAAGAGAUGCGAUUCCGAAAAGGCCCUUGGGAAACAUCGCUCUCCAAAAGAUUGCCAACCUUACGAGACCUGCCGCCACCAAGAACAAGAACCCAAGGCAAAUUCUUCACUUGAGGGACGCAUCGAGCACCUCGAACGCCAGAACAAAAUCCUUCAGGCUGCACUCCUUGCGGCUUUGGAUGUGGGUGUCAAACAAGAUUUAUCCAGUCUGCUAGCAACCUCGACAGCAUCGACCACAGCGCCUCCUCUUACGGCUAGAUCUUCAUCGUCGACAACGAACACCUCGGUCUCUGAAGUUCCUUCGAUGGAACACAUCAAACGCACACGAGGUAAAAAGGUCCCUUACCGUCCAGAAAGCUGGAUUGCAAGUCCCGACUCGUUCACUACCUGCAGUUACGACGGAGAUUGUAGUGCACAAACCAGGGAGUUGGAGGAGAUGAUAGACAAAUUCGAUCUCAACUGGGUCUCAGAUCCAUCCAACAUGAUGAACUAG